AUGUCUUUUAAUCCAAUAACUAAUUUUUUUUCAUAUGUAUGUGGUGAACGUAAAGCAUUUACAGCUGUAAUUGAUCUCAAUGGAUUUUCAUCGAAUGAUUAUUGCUUUAUUGGUUUGUUCUCCUUACUUGAUCCACCACGACCAGAAGUGCCUAAUGCCACUCUUCAAGCUCGUCGUGCUCAAAUCCGUGUAGUCAUGGUUACCGGUGAUUAUCCAAUGAUGGCUAAAGCUAUUGCAAAACAAGUUCAUAUUUUAACACCUGAAAUAUUGGAAAUGAAUGGUAUAGAUACAUUCAAAAUUGAAAAAGAUGCCAAUGGUCAAACGGCUAUCAAUAUGUAUCGAAAUGAGCAAUUAUUGAAACAGUACAUUCCUGAUCAAAUGAUAUGCCUUGAUCCGAACAAGAAAAAUAUCCGAAGUUCGAUCAAUAUUGAUGAGGAUCAAUCUGAUCAGAAACUAUCCUGGUACAAGCAAGCUUGA